AUGCGGGUGGUCAUGUUCGCAAGGGCCAUGCUGGAGGAGGCGGCCAAGGUCACCAUGCCAAACACGGGCGAGCAGGUGCAGCUGCGUAUCGGUAUCCACAGCGGUCCGGCCACCAGCGGAGUGGUUGGAGCCAAGAUGCCGCGGUUCUGUCUGUUUGGUGAUACCAUCAACACCGCCAGCCGAAUGGAGAGCACUGGCCGCCCCGGUGCCAUCCACGUGUCGUGUGCCACUCGGCGGCUGCUGGCACCCGAGGAGGACGAGGAGCUGUGGGCGCCCACCGGGGGGGUGGAGGUCAAGGGGAAGGGAAGGAUGGAAACGUUCAUUUGGUCGCCCCACUCAGCUGCAGCCCAGAGGCAGCGAGGUCGCCGCCGCCGAGCCGCGAUGCUCCUGGGCACCCUGAGCUCCUUCUCGCUUACCACAAGAACCCCAAUGCCAUCACCACCACCACCAUAA